UAUUAAAUAGAUGUGACAUGACCACCUGCACUGCACCAAUGCUUCUGCAUCUUGAAUAAAAUUCAAGAUGAUUAUAGAAAUUAUUUACUUAACAAUAGGGUGACCAUGUUGCUUUGCAAAACAGAGGACAUUGGGAGCACAAUGCAAAGAGAAGUGUCAAAGCAACACAAAUAUGCACAUAAAAAGUAUUCUAACUGUAUCAAAUGUCCACAUGAAACAAUUUCAUGGCCGGUUCUAUGAUGUGCGACAAAUGUUUUUCCCAAUGAGUUAGUGAAGUGAGGCUUCACAUGGGCAUCAUUCAUAUGUCUCAGGUGGAAGCUUCCUGGAUGUGGCGUGAAGGUCUGACAUCAUUCUGCUGCCUAUAAACGCAGGGAAUGGACUCCUCUCUCUCUUACGCUGCAUGCAGACAAGCAGGCUGGACCAAAGAGAGUCAGGAACGUGGUCCUCUGCUCACUGCCUAGAAACACAGAGACGGUGCAUUUGACAAGAUGAGGUUCCUGCUGCUUUGGGUUGUUUUCCUCUUUUCACUUAAUGGUGGAGUGUUUUCUGAUGAUGAAAGGCAGCGGCUGGCAGAGGAAGACUUAUUGAACCGAAUCUUCUCUUCAAAGGUGAGCAAACAGACCCGUCCAUUUUGGGAGGACACCUUGAGGGAUGUCUGCAGGCAGAGGGGCCUCUGGAAAGAGCUGCUCCUAGCCAAGGAGACCCCUCAGCCCCAGAAGCGCUUCCUGCUGCUGCCUGAGGCUUUAGGUGGGCAGUACAACCUACAGAACCUUUGUAGGACUCUGCACCACUCAGAGGAUGACCUAGAAUACCUCAAUCCACAUCAGAUAGAAAACAAUGAGUCUCAGCUAAAGCAGAAGUCGCCAUACAUCCUGAAACGGCACCUUCUCAGCAGCAAGUCCCGGAGGCCUUACAUCCUUAAACGGAGCGUCUGGUACUGAUGAGUCGCUGUAAUAUGUGUACAGCUGUCAGUUACUCGUCUGUAAGUGUGUCCUCUCCCUCAAUCUCCCAGGCAUCUUCCUGUCAUGACUGAAAUGGAUUGUGGAAAGAAAAAAGGCUAAAAAGCCAUCUUUCUCAAACCAGUUAUGGUUGGUUCAUUUUGAAUUCAGUAAAACUAAAAAUGUAUUGAGCUGUAAACAUAUAUGUUCAUUUUAAUCAAA